GGACCACUCACAGCAUAGUGAAGAGAAAAAAAAUAUAUUAUAUACAUUUGUUUCUAAAAUUUCUAAAAGAGACUCAAUAUCAUUAAUUCGCCCUUUCUCCUUCUCCUCUUCCUCCUCCUCACCUACUUCAUACCCAUACAUAUACACACAUAUCUGGUACACAUUGUUACUGAGCAUCUCAACUGGAAUUUUGGACUGGUCUCUUUUAUUCUUCCCCUCCUGCCAUCUACUUCCAUUCCCACUUCCACUUUCACUUCCACUUCCACUUCCAAACGUUGACACCAACCAUGAAAUCCGCAUCAAACAUAGAUUCUUCCACUCCCAUACAGCCGAGUGGCAACAGUAUCACUACUGUACCAGUAUUCGAGUCAGCAGAGAUCGAAGAGUCAUCCGUUUCCAUCCCACCCCAUCCUCUAGGUGUAAAGCCUUCAGGAAACCAAUAUACAGCCACCAGCAAUGCUCGUUACGCGAUUGGAUCUUUUCAGAUCUUGCCGGAUGAAGUGGUGGCCAUAUUACUAGAAUCUUUGGAUCCGGAAUUGUUAGCCUUGUUGGGCUCAACUUGCAAAUUCUUAUAUGCAUUCACUCGGUCCGAGGAACUUUGGAAACCGUUAUUUAUUGAGUCCCCAAUAUCCAAAGCAGGUACCUUUGAAUGGCGAGGUUCAUGGCGUGCAACAUUCCUCAACAUAGAAGAAAGUCAACUCUCGAAAAUCCAAUGUAACAAUGUCUUCUCCGACGUCUUAUACCGACCAUUCCUCUGCACCCACACCCCCCUAACCCCCUACACAACCAACAUCCCUCUCAAGAACCAAAUUCCCCGCCUCGAAAACCUCACUCCAGAAGAAUUCACCUCGACCUGGAGCGAUAAACCCUUCAUCCUCACUGCCCCAGUGAGAGAAUGGCCUGCCUAUCAUUCCUGGGACACCGAAGCUCUCCUCCGCCAAUACAGCGAUGUCAAAUUCCGCGCCGAAGCCGUCGACUGGUCUCUUAAAACCUACAUCCAAUACAUGAACCACAGCGCCGACGAAUCUCCCCUCUACCUCUUCGACCGCGACUUCCGCUCCAAAAUGAACCUCUCCACCCCCAACGCCAGCUCAAACCCGCCCUACCAAAUCCCCUCCUGCUUCGGCGAAGAUCUCUUCCAGGUCCUCGGCCCCAACCGUCCCGACGACAAGUGGCUCAUCGUCGGCCCCGCCCGCUCAGGGUCAACCUACCACAAAGAUCCCAACGCUACCUCCGCCUGGAAUGCCGUUCUCCGCGGCUCUAAAUACUGGAUCAUGUUUCCCUCCACCUCCUCCUCGCCUCCUCCACCAGGCGUAUACGUCAGCUCCGAUCAGUCCGAAGUCACUUCCCCCCUUUCCAUCGCCGAAUGGCUCUUAGGCUUCCACUCCGAGGCGCGUCGCACCCCCGGAUGUAUAGAAGGCGUGUGUGCUGCUGGGGAAGUCCUGCAUGUCCCUAGUGGAUGGUGGCAUCUGGUAGUGAAUCUGGAUGCAAGUAUAGCAAUAACUCAGAAUUUUGUGCCGCGCGCGCAUUUGGUGGGCGUGUUAGCCUUUUUGAAGGACAAAGCGGAUCAGGUUUCGGGGUUUAAGAAAGAAGUGACGGAUCCGUACACGAUGUUUGUGGAGGGCAUGAAGAGGGAGUACCCCGAGCUGUUGGACGAGGCUAUGGGGGAGCUGGAGAGGAGAGCGGAAGGAAGGAAAAGGAAAUGGGACGAGGCUGUUGCGACUGAGAACGGGGAUGGGGAGGCUGCGGGAUUUAGUUUUGGAUUCGGUGGGGACAGUGAUGAGGAGGUGCCUUGAAUUCGGUAAUUUGCUAAGCUGAUUCAACUCUAUCUUGAAUACAGGAAUGUAGGCAAUUAUGAAGAGUGUAAAAUUCGCUAACGUCUUCCCUCCUUGAUAGAACCCUGAAAUCUAGUGUAUCCA